CCGUUAUGCACAAGGUCGUGCAGACCAUAAUUUUCACAAUGUUGUUGUUAUGAAGUAUUCUUGGUUAAUCAACCUUAAUUUUGCAUACAAAAUAUGAAGAGUCAAUUUAUUUGACUGCAGUUAAAGCAAGCUAAAAUGGGGAUGGCCUAAUUUUAUUAUGUUGCCUUUCCAUAUUUGGGGAAAUAAAGUCGACAAUCUGAUGCAUUGUAGUCCCUAUCAUCACGGUGUUUACCGAAGUAUUUUCCACGAAUUUCCCUUGUAUUUUCACGAUUUCGUUUGCUUGAGAGUAACUGAAUCGGAAAGGGAACGUUAAUUGCUUCUGUAAUUGUUACUGGAAAUGUCUCUAAAUCGAUCAGAAAGAUCAUUUUCCACCAGUUGGGAACAUCAAAUGAUUAUAGCAAGCACUGUAGUAGGAGGUAUAAUUUACCAACUGUUCGGUCAGAUUUAAAAUAGCUACUAGGAAUCAGUCUCAUACUUUGCGGCAUUAGACUGAGUAAACAAGAAUAAUUUAACGGGCACACACUCAUCAGCCAUGAGUAACUACAGUUUCCUAGUUGCUCCGGUUGUUUUCAAAAGGGAACCUAAUUUUUAAAUUUUGAACUUAUUUCUAUCGUAAAACACUUGUAUUCUAUUUUUCUGCAAAGCAUUUCACGUGGAUGUUUUCAUCCAAAUGUCUCCAAUUCUCAUAGUCUUAUUUUCGUUGUUCUAUUACCCAUACUUUUAGAUGCAAUCCCUCUUCAUCAUUUUUCGGCUCAGAGAUUACAAAUAUUUCGUAUAGUUUCUUCCAAAUGCUUGUAUGCGGAAAUCAUGUAUCGGUUAACAAUUAUCCUGUACAUAGCUGUAUAACAUUCACCGAAAUUCUCAAUGUUCAAUAUAUUCAAUGCAUAUGACUUAAUAAGAGUAAAUUAUCCACUGUUCCAGUUAAAGGGGAAUAUUGACCCUUAUUGUAAGUGUCAAUCAAUUUUUGUUUCCGUUCACAAUGAUUAUGAAAGUAAUUGGAAAAUGAAUUGGACUUUAUGCGAAUCAAUGUUUAAAAUAUUUGUCCCAUUAUCUAUAGGAUGUAAUACUUUGCAGCUAAGGUGUGAGCACAAUCUGGCUGAGUUUCGAAUAAUGUAUGUGCGUGAUCUUGAUUCUUCAUAUAUUGUCAAGCCUAUUUAUGUGAUAUGCUCUGAUGAUACUGGGGAAUUCCAAGCUCCUGAAGGAGUAGUUUCCACGAAGGAAAGUGCUUGUAAACGUAUUGGACUAGGAAUUAGAUUGUUACAAACUUUGACUGCAGAAGCUUUUCUGUCUGAACUUGGAAAAAGGUGCACCUUCUUAACUAAGGAAGAACUUUGUCUUAAAUCGCUGGGGGACACUUCAUACUUGUCUUCUGACACAUGUUGUGUUUGUCAUUACUCAAGUCUCAGCAAAUAUUUCGUCAGUAGUAAUACUCCUGAAGAAGUAUGGCGGGAGUUAGCUUACGAACUCUAUAAAACAUAUCCUUAUAAUUUCAAGAAUACGAAAUGGGUCGCUUUUAUGGCUUGUACACGCUAUAAUCCCUCCAGCAAAAUCAAUUCCGAAUUCCUCAGUUACAAUGAAAUACUUCUACGAACAAGUGCUCAUUUCGCUCUUGGAACAGGGGGUUUAGCAUUACUUGGAACGGGGACUUUACAUGCUUGGCCAGAAAAUCUUGAAGAUUUGCAGAUAGUUUUAGGUGAUACAAGAUUUAUUGAUCCGAUGUUGAUGGAUGAUACUGCCUAUCGGCACACAUAUUGGGCGGCUUUUGCAACAGGAUUGGGUGCAGUUUGGCAUGAAUUAGGUCAUUGUUUUGGACUGGAACACUAUCCUCAGGGUAUAAUGUUUCGUGGUGAUGAUAUUAAUUUAUGCCUUGGAUUUCCAGCUCCUGAUUCUCUUUGUCCACAUGAAUCCAAUCUGAUUGGUAAAUCUACCCAAGCUACAUAUCGAUCUGAUAGUUCAAAUCUUGAUAAUAAACAUAGAAGAGUCCUUUGUCAAGUAUGCUACUCCUGAUCCAACCGCCCAAUCCAGUGUCCCGUGCUAUACAAUUUCAUCGCAUAGUUCAAUUCCUCCCAAUGACGUCCAGUUUACAUUCCUCAGAUCAAUUCACAAGCGAGGGAAAGGAAUUUAAACAAUGGGGUUUUUGUAAGUCUUUAUGGCAUCAAGGUUCUGCUUUUUGGGGAACAAAGGCCCUUUCAAAGCUACUUUCAUGCCCAUGGAUUAUCGAAACACCGGCUUUGGGUAAAGAAGACAAAUUCCUGGCUCAGAAAUAACUUUAGUUUUACAGACGAUUUCUUUCAUUUUCUAAAUCCCCUUUGUCGAACCAUGCAAAUCAUAAGCGUGUGCAAUUUAAUGUAAAUUAUAUUGAUUUAUGCAUAAUUAGAAACUAUAGAUUGAUAUACCUCGUCUUUUUUACUUAUUCACCGUACUUGUAAAAAAUUUUGACGUUUAAUUCAUACAGUGAAGUUCUAAUUUUGUGGCUAAUUUAAUAAGUAAUUUUGAAGUACAUGGGCUAAAAAAUGUACAAUUACAUUGUGUUUUUAUUGCCACUGUUGAUUGGAAUGCAUCAAGGUAUAAAAAA